AUGAGCAGGAGAGGAGUCGCGGAGGCGCUCACGUCCGAUAAUCGAGCUUCUCGUCCGGAGGAGAAGAAGCGAAUCGAGGCCCUCGACGGUUACGUGGAUUGCCGCAGGGGUGUUUGGCGGAUUCGAGGGUCUCUUGCGGUGACGAGAGGGAUCAGAGAUGGGCAUCUUAAGGAGUUCGUGGUUGCCGAGCCGGUGACCAAAGUUGUGCGAAUUCAAUGUGUUUGGGAGUUUCUGAUCUUGACCUCCGAUUGGUUGCGGGAUAAUGUAAGAAAGAUUGAUACCACUUUGUUCAUAGGUAUUGAUUGGGGAAACUGA